GGCCUGAGUUGAGAGAAAAAGGGAGCAAGGGUUUCAAACUCGAGGCAGUGGUUGCGUGGGUGCGUGCGUCUGAGUGGGAUAGAAAAGAAAAGAAUGGCGGAAAGGGCGAAACCGAUCGACUUCGAACUCACCUUAAAGCCUUUCUAUCAGAGAGCCUCAGAAGCAGAGGAGCGCUUAUCAAGACUAGAAGCAGCCUUGAAUAGUAAAAAAGGUACUGGAAACGAGGAAAACUUGAAAGUGAUUAAUGAUCUUCAGUCAAAGUUAGAAGUUGCAAACGUAGAGUUAAUUUCUGAAAAAGAGAAGGCUCAAAUGCUUGUUGCAGAAAAUGCAAAACUUCAAUACCGAAUUAUUCAUCUUCUGAGAGCACUCAAGGAAGCUGAUCUGAAGUUAGAAAAAGCUACAGUGCAUGAGCAGCUACAGAGCAUGAAAUUGCAGGGUUCUUGAGUUUAUGAGCUGCUAUUGACAGUUGCUUUUUCUUGUGUAUUUUGUUUUAUGGUUGAUAUUCAUCAUACAGUAUGUUCUGGGAGAUGCUAAAUAUUUUUAGCUUUAUUGGUUUUACAUCUUUAGAACUCGGAUCUUUGUUUAGCUCAUACAUGAUCAUAGACACGAAUUUCUUCCAACUUUA